AUGCGCAAUGAUACACAGCUUCAGAAAGAGAUCGUGGCAGGAUUGACGGCAGGAACUGUGACCACCAUUGCCACGCAUCCUUUAGACCUUGUCAAGCUACGUCUGCAGCUUCUGGCAACUUCCAACUCUGCGCUGGGCUACACUGAUGUUAUCAAAAACAUCUUCAAAGAAUCAAAACUAAACAAUAGCGUCUUGCAAGAAGCGUACCGUGGACUGGGUGUGAAUCUGAUUGGAAACUCCGUGGCGUGGGGGCUGUAUUUCGGGCUCUAUCGGUAUUCAAAGGAUACGCUUUUCACACUGUGGAUCGACCAAGAUGCUCAGAAACGCACAUCGUUUCAAAACGAUAGCCAAAUGGGACCCCUCAUGUACCUCGCAUCCGCUGCUCUAAGUGGGACCGCAACGGCCGUUUUGACCAACCCGAUUUGGGUGAUAAAGACUAGGAUCAUGUCUACAAGCACUAACGCUCAAAAACGUUAUAAAUCGACUUUGGACGGAAUCGUUAAGAUCUACGAAAAGGAGGGCAUUCGAGGGUUUUGGAGGGGACUAGUACCGUCCAUAUUUGGUGUAGCGCAGGGUGCCAUCUAUUUCACAGCUUAUGAUUCCCUCAAGCAUCGCUAUUUUGCAAGUAAAAACAUCAAGAGUGAACAGCGGCUGGGCAACCUUGAGAACAUAGUACUAACGUCAGUGAGUAAAAUGAUUUCGGUUACCGCGGUGUACCCGUUUCAAUUGCUGAAAUCGAACCUACAAAGUUUCGACGCGGUUCAAAACGAGACGUCAUAUCGAUUGUCAAAUCUGGUGAGCUCCAUUUACAAGAAAGACGGGGUCAGAGGCCUGUACAAAGGCCUUUCUGCUAAUCUGGUGCGAGCUAUACCCUCAACUUGCAUAACCUUUUGUAUAUAUGAGAAUUUACGGUAUUUGUUGUGA